ACAAAAAAUAAAUACAAAAAUUUCAUAAAGACAAUAAUAAUAAUUCAAUUCAAAUAUCUAACAAAGUUAUUGACUUGUGUCUUCUCGUGGAAAAAAUGAACGUCAGUAGCGUUCGAGGUGGGAACCAUUGACCUGACACAAUGACAAGUCGGAAUCCAUUGCGCGGACGAAACGGAAGUUUAGACGGUUGCUCGGGGUGAACAGUGACAGCAGCAUCGCAGGAAACAAAAUUUCAUCCUUUCCCCCUGAACAAACCCGAGCUCCCCUUUCCCUCACCCAUGGCGUCCAAUACUAAUAUAGACAUCGAGGGUGCAACCCAGCAUCUCCGGGACAUCCUCAAGCUCGACCGCCCCGGGAACAGCACCGAUGGAAAUUCAAGUGAAAGUGGUAGAAAGCCAUCUUUUAAUGGAGAGCUGAAUGGGUUAUUGGGAACAGGCCUUCUGGGGAGCACUGAUCGGUCAACUAUGUCAGAAUCGACAAGACCCAUCUCCACAGAUCUCAGCAGUGCUCAGGAGAGUCAGAUAAUCUGCCUUUCUGGUGAUGAUGGCUCUACCUGUAUUCCAAUUACUUCUAACAAUGUGGAGAUUGUGGCAAGCCAAGACUCUAGCAUCAACAGCAAGGCUCGAGGCAGCAACAAGGUGAAGAUUCAGCCUGUUGCUAAGUACGACUGGGAGCACAAAUAUUAUUACGGCAGACUGAUAGCUGUGUCUAAUGCCUUCCUGGCCUACGCCAUCAGAGGAGCCAACAACCAUGCUAUGGUUCGUGUCCUCAGUUUGGAGUUUGGUGAGCGUUCCUUACUGAAGGGAUUCACCGGGGCCGUCACAGAUCUGGCUUUCGCCCACCUUGAUUCAUCUCUGUUAGGUUGUGUAGAUGAAGCGGGCAACCUGAUGGUCUGGCAGCUCACCUACACUGCCAACAAGAUACUAGAUCAGAUAGUAGUUCAUAUCCGACGGCCAGAAAACACUCCACUGAAUUCCCAUCGUCGCCUCAUCUGGUGUCCAUUCAUCCAGGAUGACAAUGAGGAGAACCAGGAUGAUGCCAGUCAAACUUUGGCUCUUCUACAUGAAGACAGGGCUGAGGUAUGGGAUCUGGAGGCCUUGAGAGCCAACAACAGCAGCUGGCCUGUUGAUGCCACAGAAGUAAAGGAGGGCCUCAUCGCAGUCAAGGGGCAUACCCAGAGAGUCAGCGAAGGCGCACUCUCUCCAGAUGGAACCGUGUUAGCCACAGCCAGCCAUGAUGGAUACAUCAAGUUCUGGCAGAUAUACAUAGAAGGCGGGCAAGACAAACCCAGAUGUCUUCAUGAAUUGCGGCCUCAUGGAGGACGUCCUCUCUCCUGUCUUCUUUUCUGUGACAACCACAAGAGGCAGGAUCCCGAGGUUCCUUUCUGGCGAUUUCUGAUAACUGGAGCUGACCAAAACCAGGAGUUGAAGAUGUGGUGCACUGUUUCCUGGACCUGUUUACAAACCAUCAGGUUCUCCCCUGAUCCAUUAAACUCAUCGACUCUGCCAAGCCUCAAGGCCAGCCUGGACCUCUCUGCUGAGUAUCUGAUCCUCACUGAUGUGCAAAGGAAGGUUUUAUAUGUGAUGGAGCUGCGACAGGACUUGGAGAAAGGAAAGGCAAAUUUCACAGCCGUGUCAGAGUUCCUGCUGACCCACCCUGUGCUCAGCUUUGGGGUACGUGAUGUUACCCAGUGUCGAUUGCGGCACACUGAGGUCCUUCCUGCAGAGGAGGAGAGUGAAAGCAUGACAACAGAGGGCACUCAAGGACCUACAGAGUCCAAAUCUGGAAUCCAGAUUAAACUCUACUGUGUCCACACCAAGAGUUUGCAGGAUGUUCAGAUUUGGUUUCAGCCCAAUGCAGGUUCCAACUCUGCGGCCUUCCUUCCUCAUUCAGAUUCUCAGGAUGGUCUGGCUGGGUUUUCAGAUCAUCUCACUGAUCAAAGCUCUGACAAGGAUUCAGGAAGUGGCUCACAGACUGAUCUAAGGAAGAUCCCAUCACUUCCUGCUCCCUCAGACUUCCUGUCAAAUUCGGGCACCGGCAGCGGAGUGAUGCCCAAGCUGAUGACUCCUGAUGCCUUCAUGACACCGAGCACUUCAGUACCAGCAUCUCCGGGGAGCAGUGCCAGCAGUCUGACCAUUGUGACAGCUAUAAGCAGCAACUCUGACUCAACGAACAGAGCUAUGGAGGAUGCAAGUCAGAGUCCUAACAGGGCUGACAACAGCAGUACUGGGCUGGCACUCUCUGCCUCCACCAGCAGCCCAAGAGCUGCUUCCACUGUUCUACUGCCCGGACUCGAGAGUCUGCAGGCCUUGGCAACCCCUAGUAGUCCUCUGGUACUCGACAGCUCUCAGGUUCUAGAUCCUCCACUCCUGCCACCUUUGGCAUCUCCAACUAGAGCCCGCUCCCCUGACGUCAUCUCCUCAGCAUCCACAGCCAUGUCCCAGGACAUGCCAGAGAUCGCCUCUCAGACCCUGCAGCUUCAGCGUGGACUAGUGUCCAGCUUGGAUCCCUUACCUCUUUCUGCCCUCCAGACAGACAGCAUGGCCUCUGCCGCCUCUGCACUGCACUUGUUAACCUCACCACGCUCAGCCAACAACAGCGGCUUGUUGGCCCUUGAACUUGGAGGUGCAGAAGGGCCUGUGGGUGGGGCAGCAGAGUCUGAGUCCAGACUGAGUCACACACCAUCUCUGCUUGAGAAUGCGCUAUCACAGGAAAAUCCUGUGAUAGGAGGAGGGUCCUCAGAUGGCAACGUUAGCCACACACCUUGGCCAGCUGCCCCAGAUAUCACCAGAGAAACCAGGAACAGUCUCAGGGACAACGGACUUGUUGACUGUUCAAGAGAGGAGUCACAGGACAGACACUUGAGCUCACCUUACCAUCGACGCUCAUAUCACCUGCCACAGAAUGACAGUCAGGACGCUGGAGCCGAGCAGAGUGACCCUGAUGAUGAGGUGGCCAGUCUGGCGUCAUCCUCUGGAAACUGUGGUUCUCGAUCUUCACAUAGACUACCGGUGAAUGAUUGGAAAACCUCACCACGAGGAUCGCCAAAGCCAAAGAGAAAGAUCAAGAAAGACGACAGUGAGUCAUCACAGUCCAGGCAAAUGGAUUCUGGUCAGUUUAAUGCAGAAGUACAGGACGAGUUGAUGAUGCUGUUGCGUAGCCAGCAGAGGGAGUUAACUGAACUGCGGGGACAGAUUGAAACCAUGCAGAGCUCCAUUAUGGCUCAGGUGGAACAUGUCCUGACAAAUCACCAGGAGCAAGAACGUAUCCUUCAGUAAUCUCUCACUCACUCAUGAUUGUUAUUUUGUUUUUUUAAAAUUAUGUUUCCAAAAGAGAUGUUUUGAGAAAAUUUUUAUACCAAAGGCUCAGUGAACAGCUGUGACUGUGCAAAGAUUUAAAUGUCUUUUAGCCACAUCU